CCUCUUCUCGUUCACUUCUCUGUUCCCUUCGCUGCCAGCCAUGGCGGAUAUGCUUCUCUCGAUCGGGGUCCACGACACCAUGCCCAGCAACUACGUGAGUCCGGAGAACGAACGACCCCACCUCGACCACGUCAUCGCCGACGCGAACAUCCCCGUCGUCGAUUUCGGCGUCUCCGACAAGUCCCAAAUCAUCUCCCAAAUUGAGAAGGCUUGUCGACUAUACGGCUUCUUUCAGGUCGUCAAUCAUGGAAUCGCCGCCGAAUUGGUCAAGAAGGUGCUGGCCAUCACCCUGGAGUUCUUUUGCCUCCCGCCGGAGGAGAAAGCGAAGCUCUACUCCGAUUAUCCCGCCAAGAAAAUUCGCCUGUCCACGAGCUUUAAUGUGAGGAAAGAGAAGGUCCACAACUGGAGAGGCUACCCCCGCCUUCAUUGCUACCCGCUCGAGGAAUUCGUCCCUGACUGGCCUUCCAAUCCUUCCUCUUUUAAGUAA